UCGAGUAUUUGUGAUAAUUUCUGGGCAAAUGAUAUAGUUGGGGACAAGUGUAAUAUCAGAUCAAGUAGGAGAAUCCCCAUAGAUUGUUGUAGAGGACUCAGAGCGGUGUGGGCUUUCACUGGAGACAGGUUGUGGCCCAGGAAAGGAGGAGGCAGUUGAGAGGAACACUGUACGAGGACCGCCAUUGUGACCAUCCCAGAGUCGAGAACUUAGACACCAAAAUGGAUGGAAGUUCGCGGUACUUAGCAGGAAGGACCCUCCCCGUGCCUGUGCUGUGCCAGGUGUGCGGCGACAAGUCCUACGGGAAGCACUACGGCGUCUUCUGCUGCGACGGGUGUUCCUGCUUCUUCAAACGCUCCAUCAGGAAGGGCGUGAACUACUCCUGCAUCUCCGGGAAGGGAGAGUGCAUCGUGGACAAGGCGAGGCGCAACUCUGUGCCGCACUGCCGCCUCAAGAAGUGCCUGGCCGUCAGCAUGAACACGGAAG